GUGCGCAGGCCAGGCGCCCAGGGCCAAGGCAGAGCCGGGGAGCUGCCGCCAGGUCCGCUGUGGGUCCACGCCGCCCGCCGCGCCGCCCGCCAGCCCAGCGUCCCCAGCCGCCGCCGCCGUCGCCGCCGCUAUGGGAGUGCAGGUGGAGACCAUCUCCCCCGGAGACGGGCGCACCUUCCCGAAGCGCGGCCAGACCUGCGUGGUGCACUACACGGGGAUGCUUGAAGAUGGAAAGAAAUUUGAUUCCUCCCGGGACAGAAACAAGCCCUUUAAGUUUAUGCUAGGCAAGCAGGAGGUGAUCCGAGGCUGGGAAGAAGGGGUUGCCCAGAUGAGUGUGGGUCAGAGAGCCAAACUGACCAUCUCCCCAGACUACGCCUACGGUGCCACCGGCCACCCAGGCAUCAUCCCACCGAAUGCCACCCUUGUCUUUGACGUGGAGCUUCUGAAACUGGAAUGACAGGGACAGCCCCCCUCGAGCCCCCUGCGCCCCGUUCUUGGAUGUGCCGUGGAGGGAUGUGGCGCCUCCAGAUGCGCACACGCGAAUCCGUAUGGAGCUUCUCCUGAUGUUCCACUACACUCUUUGUAUAAACAUCGACCCCGACUGAAUGUGUUGUCACCCGGCUUCGCUCUUUCCCUUUCUCCUCGUAUGUGUGUCGACCUAAACUAUAUGCCAUAAACCUCAAGUUACUCAUUUUAUUUCGUUUUCGUUUUGGGGUGAAGGUUCAGUUUCAGUCUUUUGGAUCUAGGUUUCCACUUAAGUAUUAGUCAAGUAUUAACAGCACAAGUAAUGGGUUAAUUUUAGAAUAGGAAUUGGUGGGGGUGGGGGGGGUUGCAAGAAUCUUUAUUUUAUUUUAUUUUUUUUUUUUUGGAUGAAAUUUUUAUCUAUUAUAUAUUAAACAUUCUUGCUGCUGCGCUGCAAAGCCAUAGCAGAUUUGAGGCGCUGUCGAGGGCCGAAUUAUCUCCAAGUUGAGAGAUGUCCUUGGGUUGAAUUAAAAGCCCUACCCAAAACUGAAAUGGGGAGGGGGAGGAGAGCCUUUGCCUCCACUGCCCUGCCCCACCCUCCCCUUAAACCCUCUGCCUUUUGGAAGCAGAUGGUUCUCACUGCGAUGUUGGACACUACAGGUAUCUGUCCCCAGGCCAGCAGGGACCUCUGAAGCCGCCUUCGUGGCCUGGCUUCCCCCCCGCCCCCCCUGCCCCUCCAUCCUGUGGUUUUUCUAACGGAUAUUCAGGACUUUUGUAAUCUCAUAGCUAUCCAAGCUCCACUUCCUAAAUUUUAAGAAACUUUAAUCGAAAGUUUAAAUUGAAGGUGCUGUUUGUAGACACUUAACACCCGAUGAAAGCCCAGCCAUCAUGACAAACCCUUGAGUGUUGUCUUGAGAAAAAUGAUGCUGGUCAUCACAGCUUCAGCAUCUCCUGGUUUUUGAUGUGCAGCAUUGAUGUUCAGCUCCCCCUGCUGAUCUCAGAGUUUCCUGCCUUUUCCUCCCCCCUCUCACCCCUUUGCUGUCCUGUGUAGUGAUUUGGUGAGAGAAAUUAUUGCUGCCUAUCCCCCACCCCCACCUCCCUGCACUAUGUAUAAGUUUCAAGUUUUAUUAUUGCAAUAAAAGUGCUUUAUGCUGGCUUUUCUCA